CGUAGCCUCCCGGCGAGGCUGACGUGGAACGGGAGGGCGGUCAUGGCGGCCGACUGGGAGGAGAUCAGGCGUUUGGCUGCCGAUUUCCAGCGUGCUCAGUUUGCCGAGGCGGCCCACAGAUUGUCGGAGCGGAACUGUAUAGAAAUUGUCACUAAACUAAUUGCGGAAAAGCAGCUGGAAGUGGUGCAUACGUUGGAUGGGAAAGAAUAUGUCACUCCAGCACAGAUCAGUAAGGAGAUCUGGGAUGAGCUCAGUGUUUGUGGUGGUCGAAUAAACAUUGUUGACUUACAACAGAUAAUAAAUGUGGACCUUCUGCACAUUGAAAAUAGAGCUAAUGAUAUCGUUAAAUCAGACAAAGCUGUUCAGCUUGUGUUAGGACAGCUUAUAAAUGAGAGUUACCUAGAUCAACUAGCGGAAGAAAUAAAUGAUAAACUACAGGAAACUGGCCAGGUGACAAUAUCAGAACUCUGCAAGGCAUAUGACCUUCCAGGAGACUUCCUGACACAGGCUUUAUCCAAGCGUUUGGGUAGAAUUAUUCAUGGAAGGCUGGACCAGGAAAACCGUGGGGUGAUUUUUACAGAGGCCUUUGUUUCCCGGCAUCGAGCACGCAUUCGUGGUCUCUUCAGUGCGAUUACUCGGCCUACACCUGUAAGUAACUUGAUCACACGGUAUGGAUUUCAAGAACAUUUACUUUACUCUGUGCUAGAAGAACUUGUUAACACCGGUCGUCUAAAAGGCACUGUGGUUGGUGGGAGGCAGGAUAAAGCUGUGUUUGUUCCUGACAUCUAUGCCAGAACACAGAGCAACUGGGUGGAUUCGUUUUUCAAACAAAAUGGUUACUUAGAAUUUGAUGCAUUGUACAGACUUGGCAUCCCUGACCCAGCAGGCUACAAAAAAAGAUACAAGUCCACAAAACUCUUAUUUCUGAGAGCAGCUUGUGUUGGUCAAGAGAUUGUGGACCGAGUUGAAGCUUCUGUCGAUGAAGUUAUCAGCUCUGGAAGUUGGAUAGACGUAGCAACUCUUCUGCCAAGUUCGUUGUCAGUAGAAGAUGUUGGGAUUUUGCUUCAGCAAGUGAUGAUCUUUGACAAAAAUUCUUCAGGUUUAGUCUUCAGUGACACCAUCGUGGUCAGUGAGAAAUUUCUGAGCAGCUGUACUGAUCUGUUUUCUGAUACGAUGAAACAGAAAGCUGAAAAGGAAAUGAAAAACAGCCCUGUUCAUUUAAUUACUGAAGAAGAUUUAAAGCAGUCUUAUGUUUUAGAAAAUUCGUAUGCUAAUAAAAAAGACAAAAAAGAUGAAAGAAGAAAGAAAGCAACAGAGGGCAGUGGAAGCACGAGAGGAGGAGGAGGUGGUAAUGCUAGAGAAAUCAAGAUUAAGAAAACCAAGAAGAAAGGAAGGAAGGAUGCUGACAGUGAUGAAGAGUCACAAGCCACCAGCACAGGGAGGAAUAAACAGCUGGAGUUCCAUUUCAUGUCGCAAGAGGAAAUACAGGAUGUUUUAAAGACCCAUUUGCAGGACUGCCCUGAAGAGCUUAUUACAGAACUUGCUGAACAUCUAAUGAGACCUCUAACAAAAAGUUACCAGGAAGUUGUGCGUUCCGUUUUUACAUCUUCAACAUCUUCCUCUGGAGCAAGCAGAAGACAGACUAUGAAGGACUUGCAAGAGGAGUUCUCAAGCUUGUACAACAACAUUCGAUUAUUUGAAAAGGGAACAAAGUAUUUCACAGAUGAGACUCAGACUAACCUUGCUAAGCACCUGUUGAAGACUGUCUGUACCGACAUUACAAAUCUUAUUUUCAACUUCCUAGCAUCUGAUUCAAUGAUGACAACAGAAAAUUAUUCUACCAUUACAAGUGAGGUGAGGACCAAGAUUUUAGGUAAAUUGCCAGAAGAUACCAAAGGUCCUUUAACUAAACUGCAUACUUCUCUGAAUGGCAAGAGUUUAGAAGAUUUCCUUUCAUACCUUGAUACUGCAGCAGAUAUUUGUGAUAUUAUGGUGAAAAAAGGAGACAAAAAGAAGGAAAGGCAAGUCUUGUUUCAACAUAGACAAGCUCUGAUUGAACAGCUGAAAGUAACAGAAGAUCCAGCUCUUGUGCUGCACCUGACAUCAGUACUGUUAUUUCAGUUUUCAACCCACUGUAUGCUUCAUGCACCGGGAAGAUCUGUACCACAAAUCAUUAAUUUCUUAAGCAGCAAGAUCCCAGAGGAUCAGCAUUCUCUAUUAAUCAAAUACCAGGGAUUAGUAGUGAAACAGUUGAUCAGUCAGUCUAAGAAGGCAGAACAGGAGGAUGACAAUAAAGCAGAGGAAGAAGGAGCAGAUACCAUUCGGAAGGAGCUCCAGGAAAUCACUACCUCUGUCAAAGAUCUUGUUCUCAGACCUAGAAAAUCUUCUGUAACAGAGGAAUAAAAUGAUUACUGAGUGUGUCUGCAUCCAUGAUACAGCUUGAAAGUGCUUGAAAAACUUUAGUAUUUGGCUUCUAGCAAAUGACAGCCAAGGAACACAUCAUCAUGUAAUGGUGACAAAUGGAGUUUUGUUUAUCUACUACUACAUCAUACAUAUAAGAUGUAUAUACAUAUAAUUAAUACAUUGGAUGAAGAGGAUGCUUUGGGUAUAAAAUUGGUGUUUUUUUUUAAUUUGCAACUUCACUUGAAGACUCAAGAAAUGCUUUCUCUUGUGAUAACACUGUAUUCUGUUACAUGCACUUGUUUAUAGAUUUGCUCUUCUGAUUUGGAUUUGUCACGGUGUAAGGGUUGCAUAUAAGCGUGCAUAAGAAUAUAUCUUAAUUUCCAAGACUAGGUUUGAAAUUAUAAUUGUUAUAAAUAGUAUACAAACAAAAGCCCAUUUUUACAUUUUGAUAGAAUUAGUGGAUGUUUUCUACUAAAGAGUGAAACCAUCAAGUACAAGGUUAUAUUCCUACACUUAAAAGAAGUGAUCCAAUAUUUAUGUGAGUCUCUAAAUAAUACUGAAAUCUUUUAAAAAUCAGCAUGCCCAUGCUAUUUAUGUGUGUUCUAUUAAUGGCAGUAAUGGCAGCUCAUUUAAAACUAAUUUAAUUGGGACAGAGGAGGUGCAAUCCUUUUGCAUGGGUAAUUUGAGGAUGGGUAAAUACUAUUUCACUUACCAUAAUUAACUUUCUAUGCGUUCAGCAGUCUUGUUGAAUGCUCAGUCCAGUUCCCUUAGCUGUACGAAGCACGUGCUUGCAUUCUGUCAGCUGCCUUGAGGGAACUUCUGAUGUUCUGUUUACCCCGAGUUUUUUGAAAAGAAUUUAAAUAUUAACAUUUAAGAUCUUUCUACAUAAACUUUAUAGACUGUUUGUCUAAUCUGAAAUAGCUAAAUGUUGAAUGUUUCCCUCAAGUUUUUUACUUGCCUUAUUUCCACAAGGACUUUGUCUUGAGGAAGGUAAAAAAUGUAUAAAAUAAAAUCUUUUGAGUUCUGCCACUAUUAUUGACAUAAUUAUUGUAUGUCAAAGGCACUUCUAACUUGUAUUUAAGAGAAGGUAGUAUUCUAACCAGAAAUGUUUUAGUUAUAUCAGGUCCUUUUUGACCUUGCAUUACUUCUGUAAUGCCAUUGAUUUCAUGCAAGACAAGAAAUCUGAAAAUACCACUCACCCAUUUUUGCCAAAAUAGCAAACAGGUUCUAUGCAAGUUCUGCUUUGUUUAAAUAUAUUUUUUAUUUUUAUUAUUUUAUUUUUUUAAAUAUUUGUUUCCCAGCAUUUAGUCUAUCCUAUGUGGUUAAUCAAAAAUAUCUGCUAGCCUGAAAUUGAAAGAGGGGAAAAAAAAGAAAAAAGUUGAUGAGGUCCAGUAUGAAAACUCAGUAAUGGAUUAACUGUGAUGAAUUUUAACCAUACAUAGAAGUACCCAAAGUUUAACAAUAUUCCCUUCGUAAUUCUGGUCUUUUACACAUUGUAAGGCAAAAACUGUGCCAGAAAGAAUAGAGCAAAGGCAGAAUCAAAGAUAGGUUUUUUCUUUGGCUGGAGGUUAUCUUUGCAAACGCUGAAGAGUAAGAUGAGAAAUAUUCUGUCUAUUUACCUUUGUUUAAGAAAGAAUUUGCAUAUGGAGAAUAGGCUUGAUUUCCUGUUAUUUGGCCAGAAUAAUCACUGUGCUCCUACAGUGAACAUAAACAAUUUUGUAAGACAUGAAUCUAUUUUGUAAAUAAUAUGCUAUGUGAUAUUCUGUAUGCAAAUAUGAAAUUAUUUUAAUAAAAUUAAAUGAUGAGGUAUUUAAAAUGCAA